GACGGCUGACGGAGACGUGCAGGGGAUGGAUUGAUGGAUGUACAUGAAUAAACUUAUAUCAUGAUACCUUCAACAGUUUAUCUUGGCUGGGAUAUAUAUUGGAUGUUGUCGUAGGGGCUUGCAGAAGACAUCUCACCCAUAAAGAUGAACCAAAGUAUUACCAAUUGAUAUCGCCCAUGGUUCAACGAAUGCAACUACUGUGAUGGCGUGUACGAGCAACGUGACUGACUGUGGUCACUACGGAACCUGCAUCAGCGGCGCUUGUUCCUGUAUGACGGGCUUUGUUAAGUCUUCCUUCUCAAAAAGAGAUUGCAGAAAUCCUGACUGCGUUGAUCCAUUCUGUCUCCAAUGCGCAACAAAAGCAUCCUGUAUACGGUGCGUAAACUUCAUCGAAAAGGGCACAGGAAAGUGUUUGAAUGAGUGUCCGGGGAAUUACAAUCUAGUCAUGGAAGGAGCGUGGCUAGGAAAGGUAUGCGGAGCAAAAGAACAAUCCAACACGAACUUGGCGGAUAAUACGCUGUAUCUCGCCAUCAUUAUCGGGGUUGUCGGUUUGGUGGUGUUGUGUCUUGUGGUCGCUUGUAUUGUAUUUAUCAGGAUAAAAAGGAAUAAGGGUAAAGAUAGUGCUUCCAGUUCGACGCGAAUUAAUGGUGCUGCACGGAAUCAAAAGAGGAAACAAACGUCUCAUGUAUAUAGUAAUGCUGCGUAUGUAGAUAAUUAUGACGAACCACAACAAUCAAAAGAUGAGGUUUACACGAUAACGAAAGUGAACAGUAAAGAAGAAUACUUAAGACAUGUAGAGGAAUUGAAGCCGCAUGGGCCGACAUUUAUAGAGAUGAUGAAUGAAACGAAAAGAGCUCUGAAAGAGUUGCCGUUGCAUGACCCUAAUAGUCAGAAAUACAAAAAUAUGCUUCACCAGCUGUGGCGAGUGAUGACCCUCAUCAACAAGAGAGACCCUAUUGCUCACAUGCCGCCAGAUGGAUGUUCCCUCAUGAGCUGGGCCAAGAAAACCCUCAAACGAUUUCAACUAUCGAAACAGCAGCAUGCGACGAACGGCACCAAACCCAAGGCAUGUUUCCAGCAACCCAGUGGCAAAAUGCCGUCUGCCCCGCAAGAGAUGACAGUACUUCAGCUGGACAGACGACCAUCUGACCAACCCGGGGCUGAUGGCGUCGACGAUUCUUACUAUGCAGACCUGAGGUUCGGUUAUCGUCGACCAAGCCGCACCAGUCUGGGAAGGGACGACCUAAACAAGUACCGGUCUUUGAAGUAAUGGUAUGACACAAGCAAUCAUCUGGAUUUGGAGGCUGUGGAUGGGACAUCAUAUCAUUUGCGUCUUGAUUCUAUUCGGGAGUAGAUCUCAACAAGGACAUUGGCAUGAUGUGCAUGGUGUCUCGGAAAGAGAUGUACCCGAGAUGGCAAAUUGAAAAGUAUACCGGAGUUUUAAGUAUUGACAAUCGGUACACAAAACAUGCCCUGCAGUCGGAGUAUUGCGGCCCCAGCAAGUUGUGCACGAUUCAUGGUUGGAGUGGACUUGCAUAAUCCUCUUGCAGUACAUGAUAUAUCGAGACCGAAUUUUCCUUCUCCCAUUCAACUAGAAAAUGGCUGUAAGAGGUGUCCUUAAUGGCCAUAGUUGUUUGUUUGCUAUUAGCCGUUCAUAUCCAACACUAACAGGAUAGUCUUGGAUUUAAAGAGUGGUAAAAACCUAGCUUCAAAUAUUCAACGAAAGUGCAUUGUUGUGGGCCGUGAAAGUAUGAAUACAAUUUCCUUAAAUCCCAAAUUUGGUCGUUUGAGACAUCCGACGAACGGUGCUGCUUCCAAGGUACAAAUUUGGAUUACAUAAUUAUUAAUUCAGAAUUAAAUCUUCUCAAAAAUGCUUUA